GAGAAAUUUAUACUUGUCAUAUUCAGUACAUGUAGCAAAAUACCAGGUAAUAAUUAUAUGGUGAAUAAGGCUCGGGGUUCUCAGCCAACACGUAUCAAGAAUCUCUGCAGGGUCAAUCGGGGCAUCGCGGUUUACGAUCUUGCUCCUCCGUUCAUCAUCAUUAGGUGGUAUGCACCAAAAGUAUUAAAUUAUUGUCUGGUAAACCUUGGAAGAUUCCCACAUGAUGAAAUCACCUUGGUAUGGAUCUGAAACUUCCAAUUUCUCCCAAGAUCGUUUCCUUCCCAAAUGUCAUACGUAACUCGCGCUCUGUUCCAUUCCUCCGCCACUCGCUCGUCGUUCAACUGUGGAUCGAGCAAUGCAGGUUAGCAGCAUCGGCGGCAGUAGGACGUGACCCAACGUUCCUCCCGCCCUUCCUGGGUUCCGGCGGGCCGUUCCACUGUGCCUGGAUCUCAAAACUACGGCUUGUGUGUACCGGAUCGCGUUGAGACUGUUACCGAAUAUUCAAAGAGAAUUGUAUAUCGGAUCAUGUUUGAAGAAUUACUUUCGAGGAACCAGGACAUUCUUCUUCACUGUGAUUAGAGACAUGUCGAACUCCAUGCCUCGCCUCAGGCUCCACAUAAAUUACGAAGCCUUGACCUCACAUCCCAGUCUGAGAUGCCCUCGUCGUCAAGCGCUCUGACCCCUAGACCUAUUCCAACAUCCCAGGAAGCUGCUACUCUACUUCUGAAUUGCUGCUUGUGAAUGAGACCGUGUGUCUGAAGACACGAAAAGCCCUUGCCUAUUAUCCCACAACAUUAGGACGACAAUUAGGCUAAACAAUUGAUCGCAACCAUGCGGUUCUCCGUCCCAGCGUUUAUCGUCCCAGCGUUAAUCGCUCUGCUCAGCUUUGGUUCUAACGCACUGGCGGCUGAAUGCUACAGCCGAUCGGGGGGAUACCCAUGUGCGACUCUGGACGAGGCCAUGAAUGCCUUCAGCUACUAUUGCGCGAAUUACUAUGAUAAACCAUGCCACGAGUUCGUGAAGAUCACUUACAAAGGAACGGUUUGGGUCGGGCAUGUUGGAGCAUUCAACAAUCCGUCAGACUGUUUCGAAGCUGGUAGGCAAAUUGUAUAUGAGUGCUACGGCAAGAAAGAUGGUGGCUCCUGGACCAGUAAUCAAAAGAGCAUCAAUGUCAACUACUGCCAGUGGUAGGUAAGCGUUAGGGCUCCGAUGAGAGAUUCGGAAAAGUGGACUUUUCCAUUUUCUUUUCCGUUGUCUCUCUUAUUUGUGAUGUCCGCGGUUUAUUAGAUGAAAGGGUUUAUGUAGUAGGGGUGAAGUGCGGUUGCGAUGGAGUGUGCGAGGGAGGCGAGAUAUCUAGCUGUUUUAUUCUAGCUCCGUGAUUAUUACUUGACCACCAAUUGUCUCGCCUUAAAUUACAUAGUGAGGGGUGAAUAAUUAUAUGUAUGUACAGUAGUAUCUAAGAAGAAGUUAGUGUCCUAGAGGCUCAGUGCAGAGAGCCUCU